AAAGCCCAUCAACAGUGAGUGCACGAUGACGAAACUUCACACUACACCGCACCAAACGCGCCCGCCGUAACACCCCUCUCCCUCUCACUUCCUUGAAUGUUCAUCUCUCCUUUUUUUAAUCCUGAAAAAUAGACAGCAAAAUCCUCCAAUUUCUCUCACCCUAAACAAGCCCUGACUCCUCGCCACUACCACCCUUUUUCGUGAAAUUCCCUCAGCCGGAAAGCCGACGGCAAUUUUCCGGCGAUAUCCUCAAUCCACGACCAUUGGAAAUGGUAUCCCCAGAAAACACUAAUUGGCUGAUCGAGUGCGGCUUGAUCGACGAUAUCCCUGUUCCUGAUGCAAAUUUCUCUGUACCGGUUACCGGCUUUUCGUGGCCAGUGCAAAACCCAAAUGGUUCAACUAAUGUCGGUGUGGAAAUUGAUGAACCAUUUGGGGAUUCUGACGCCCAGAAGGAGUCCAGCUGCAAGAAGAGGGGUAGGUCUGAAUCAUGUAGUGCUUCUAGCUCCAAAGCGUGUAGGGAGAAGUUGAGGAGGGAUAGGCUAAAUGACAAGUUUUUGGAAUUGGGCUCUAUCUUGGAGCCUGGAAGACCUCCUAAAACGGAUAAGGCUGCUAUUUUGGUUGAUGCUGUCCGAAUGGUGACUCAGUUAAGAGGUGAAGCUCAGAAGCUGAAGGAUUCAAAUUCAAGUCUUCAAGAGAAGAUCAAAGAGUUGAAGGCUGAAAAGAAUGAGCUUCGGGAUGAGAAGCAUAGGCUGAAGGCAGAGAAGGACAAGUUGGAGCAGCAGCUGAAAGCUCUGAAUGCACAACCUAGCUUCUUGCCUCCGCCACCUGCAAUUCCUGCUACAUUUGCUACUCAAGGCCAAGCACCUGGAAACAAGUUAGUGCCUUUCAUUGGUUACCCAGGAGUUGCCAUGUGGCAGUUUAUGCCACCUGCUGCAGUGGAUACAUCUCAAGAUCAUGUCCUCCGUCCACCUGUUGCUUAAGCUAGCAACCUCUAAUGCAUUGGGUUUGCAUUUUGCAACCACACCCCCGCCCUCCUCCUCCCCCCCAAAACCCACACCUCCCCCCCCCCCCCCCCUCCAGGAAAAAAAAAAUUUUCAUUUUCUCAUUGUUCUCGUCUGUAUUAGGUUUUGUUGGGUCUUUUAACUGGACAAUGAAAUGUUGGGUGACUGACUAUUUGCAAUCUGGAUUUUCUGUGAGAUGUAGCUGGCUCUCACAUGUAAAUUUAAUAAUUUUAUCUAGCAAUCUAUGUUUCAA